GGCCCCUCAAUCCUCCACCCCAUCUUAUCCCUUUCUCCCAGCCCCUAAAUGAAAAAUCUUAUCUCUUUCUCCCACGCCACACUCCCACCUAAACCUAGGUCACCUGCCGCCGCCGCCACCGCCGCCGCCGUUGCUUGACCUGCGUGCCGAUUUGGUCGCGUUGCCUCCUCUCCCAUCAACGGCGGCACCUCCCGCAGCUUCCUGCUACAAUGUGGUCCUUCCCCACGGUCGAAGCCCAAGGUGCCGCCUCAUCGUCCACAAAAGAGGAGCCCGUCCGCCGCAUGCAGCCAAGGGGUCGAGUCGACCGCGGCCGAGGAGCCGCGCCGCCAACCGCCAGUGUGGAGUCGAUCGCCGCCGAGCAAUACCGCUGUACUUCCUCAAGAUCCAGGCCGCUGGUGAUGCUGUCCGCAACCGAGGAGCCACCUUGCCCUCUGCAUCCAGAGGUUCUGCCCCGCCAUCCCUCUUCCACCACCGGCGACGGCUCUCCCCUCCCCUGCUCGUCUUGCCUCGCCCCCAAAUUCAGCCCGUGCAGGCUGGAAGGAUCCCCAACCAUGCUGGGUGCUAAUGCUUGAGGUAUGUACUGGAUGGAUUUGCUCAGCUAAAGAAACAAAUUGCAAUCAUGAAGUGUGUCGGCAAUUGGUUCAUAGUGGCUAGAAGCCUUUUUUUUAGUCUCAAACUUCCUGGGGGAGACCAGCGUGAUAUUUGUGCUUCACAUGAGAUCAUGCUAUCCAGCCACCUGGACCAUCUGAUGUGUUAAGGUUGAAAGUCUGUCCGUUCUACACAAAACCCCAUAUUUUUAUCUCUGUUUUGCAUGUGAUCCCACCACUUGUAUGGUUUUGAAUAAACCACCAGUGUGAACGUUACAUUUGCUAGUUCGGUACUCAUCCAUGUUCAGGCUGUAUCAUGUAGUGUACUCUGUAUAUUGCUUAAAAAGAAAACCAUACUCUGUAUUUUGCUAAAAAAAAGGGUUCUACUCUGCAAAUGCAAUCCAAUACUCAGUGAAAAUAUUCAAAAACUGUGUUACGCAAUUUUCACCAAACCUGCACGUUCCAUACCUAAAUUUUCAACAGCUCGAUCAGUAAUAGAAAAAAAACAAUAAGUGUUCAUUCAUAGUUUUCAGACAAAAUGUUUAAACGAUAGUUGGUAUUGUUAAGGCUCCCCUGUUACUUCUCAAAGCAACCACACCUUUUGUAGCAAAGUGUAUUAACCAACAGAGCCAAAUGUGAAAUAUAUAUAACUUUAUUAAUUGUUAGUAUGCAAAACCAAUAGCAGCUAAGUUCUGCUUAUGCUAAUAGUCUACAUGUUACUUUGAUGUUGAUGCUGCAUGCUCUGCUGCCAAUUUGAUUCUGCAUUCAGUACAUGUGAGUGAAGAAAGAAAGUGUUGUUUCUUUUCAGGCUAGUAAAGCAUCAUUGUGCAAUUCUGGAACAACUAUCACAUAUGUAUGGAACUAAUGCUAGCAAUGUAGCCGCCUGAGGAAGAGGAUGGAACUUUAUUUUCCUGCCUAACAUUUUGGAAUCUCCUUUUUAUAUGCCAUGCUUUUUUGAGCUAGUACAGAUAAAGAUCUAGCCGCAAAGAUAAGGUAAUUUGUUUCUAAUCUACUACACCUUAUAUGUUCAGUGGUACAAAGGGAACUUCUAUAUAUGCAAAUAUUCUCAACUGCAACAAAAUUGUUCAGUUGAGCUACUAAACUUGCUGACAGGAUAAUGCUCAGGGUUAGCAACUUGAAAUUUUUCUAGUUAACUAAAUAAAAUAUUCUGACAGUUUAAAAGUAUUUGUUUCAGCUAGACCACACCCUGUUUGUGUCAGUCCUAUAUUCUCCAGUUACACUAAGAACAUAAGUACACCAGUACGAGUUUGUUUAGGCCUCUACAACAUUGUGGCCAUAGUGGGUGGAUUAGGAUGCAACAUCUGUUUGUAUCCGUUGGUAUGGACAUUUUGCUGCUUGCUAGGAAAUGUUCGUCUCCAGUGUUGAACUGCUGGCCGAUGGUAAUUCUGACAGUUGAAUUUGCAUUGCUAACAUAUCCUGGUAUAUAUUUAGGAUCCUACGCUACUUAUUUAGAUUAUAAACUAAUUUGUCAUGUUAAUGUUUUAUGCCGGUAUAUGUGCCUGCUUACACCCAGAUUUGUUUUGCCUUAUGCAGAAACUACUGGAUACUUGCAUCAAGCUUGACCAAGUAUGUCCAGUAUUGCUUUAGACAUUAGUUAUCUUCCUAGUGUUAUUAUACCUGGCGAUAGAGCUCCAUUGGUUUCUUUAGGCGACAUGCCUGAUUCAUUUAUUACUCUGUAGAGUGAGUGCGUAAAGUUUUUUUUUCCUUUUAUGACUAUUUGGUGCUUUUACCCAACAAGGCAGUAUGUUCUUUUGCAGGGACAAAUGGCAGAAAAUAACAAGUCCACAAGUUGAUCUAAGAUGUUCCGCGAUCGCUUUUGUUCAUAACAUGGUUGACACCUUUUGAUCAUACGAAAGUUGAUGUUGGCUUGGUGAUUGAAGACUUGGUCUCUUCCAUAAUAUUUUGUAGUAGUCAAGUGAUCAAACAAUUGGUCUCUUAGGUUCUUAGCCAUCAAAUUUUGCAACAACUUGUCUUGUAUGUCAACUUAUGUAUUUCCUUCAUGGUUGUUAGCUAACAUGAGUGAAGAAAACAAAUGAAUCUUUAUAUAUGUUGAAUGACAUGUUGUGAUGAAUAGAAGACUGCCAUUGUUUGUA